UCGUUGGAUGAGAAGGAGGGCGUGAUGAACGAGGUGGAGAUUAUGUGCCGGCUGCGUCACCCCCGACUCAUUCAACUCUAUGAUGUCUUCAUCCAAAGCGAUCGGAUUACCCUCAUCAUGGAGCUAAUAACCGGCGGAGAGCUGUUCGAACGAGUGAUUGAUGACAACUUUGAUCUGGACGAGGCGAUUUGUGAGAAAUUCAUGCGGCAAAUUUUGCAAGGCGUUGAGUAUAUUCAUUCCCAGCACGUAAUCCACUUGGAUCUCAAGCCCGAGAACAUUCUUUGCUUGUCAAGAACCGGUUUCAAGAUAAAAAUAAUUGACUUUGGGCUGGCUCGAGAGGUGACCAAUGGAGAUGUGCGGGUGAUGUUCGGCACCCCUGAGUUUGUCGCUCCUGAAGUCAUCUCAUUUGACCCCGUGACCUAUGCAACCGACAUGUGGUCGGUUGGUGUGGUGUGCUACGUUCUGUGA